UGCUCCCGCCUUCGCUCGCUUCCGGUAGUCACCGUUGCCGCUGCUGCCGCUGCUGCUGUGCUGCUGCUGAGGCUGCGGGCGGAGGCCGGAGGACCGGGCAGCGGCGGCGGCGGCGGCGGGAGCGGGAGCGCAGCGGGACGACCGAGCGAGAGCCGGCCGAGUUGAGAGCCGAGCGCGCUCUUCCGCCCGCUCGAGGAGCCAGAGCCUCCCGGGCCCCGCCGCCGCCGCCGCUGCACAAAGCCGCGAGCCCGCGCCUGAGCCAUGUCCGCGUCGGCAGGCGGCGGCCACCAGCCCAGCCAGAGCCGCGCCAUCCCCACGCGUACCGUGGCCAUCAGCGACGCCGCGCAGCUACCUCAGGACUACUGUACCACGCCCGGGGGGACUCUGUUCUCCACCACGCCGGGAGGAACACGAAUCAUUUAUGACCGAAAGUUUCUGUUGGAUCGUCGCAAUUCUCCCAUGGCACAGACCCCGCCUUGCCAUCUGCCCAAUAUCCCUGGAGUCACCAGCCCUGGCACCUUAAUUGAAGACUCCAAAGUAGAAGUGAACAACUUGAACAACCUGAACAAUCAUGACAGGAAGCAUGCAGUUGGGGAUGAGGCGCAGUUUGAGAUGGACAUCUGAGCGCAGCAGAGUCGAAGGAGGCUGCGGGGGCAGCAGCCCCUGUGACCUGACCGGGCCAGUAGGAACGCAGUGAACCGAGAAGCAGCACUUCCCCGUCCCCUCCCUCUGGGUGCCAAAUGAUGGGAGACCAGCUCAGUCUGACCACAUCUCCCCUGCCCCUGCCCAGUUAAGGUUAGGAUGAAAGCCCUUGAUUAGUCUGGAGCUGAGCGGUUGGUCCAUAGAGGAAAGCAAUCCCUGUAGCUUCCCUGGUCAUUUCCCAAGAGUCUUCCUGCCCCCUUCAGAUUGCCCCACGUCCAGGGACUCUCUCCGAAGCACCUCUGCUCGGGGUGUCUGGAGAGGGAAGGAGGUUGGGUGCCCAUUGCUCCUGUGCAGUCUCCCAUUGGUGGUUCAGUGCUGGAUGUGAAAUCUUUAAACCGUUGGGGGAUGGUCAGACAAAAUGAGCUGCUUGUCCUGUCCCGGGAGAUGUUUGUCCUCAGUAGUGGAGCACAGCUCUAUACCUCCUGCACCCCCCGACUGCAUUUUGGGGGCAUGUGGCAUCAGCCUCCCUUUCCUCUGGGAGGAAGGCUUCUGUCCUGAGCGUGAUGGCUCAUCUCCCCAGCCCUUUACCUAAUUCAUUGGCACGGGUAUUUUUAAGCCCUCUUCUUGGAGAGACCCCUGGGUGAUCAGCUGGUCUUUGUGUCUGCCAUUCUUCCUAUCUGCACCGUGCAGGCAGAGUCGUCUUCUCGCUGAGACACCCGUGACUUCUGUCUGCUCCCAAGCAGUCAUUUGAAGUGCUUUGGCCCCCGCCUGCUGGGGACAGCCGGUCAUAGCGGUCUGCCUGAGAAUGCCCAACUGUGGCCAGCCUCAGCAGUCACGGUUUAAACCUGGUAGACCUUAGCAGCGUUGCUGUCCUGCAGUUUAUUAUAUUUUGAGUUUAAAGUUGACCCUUCCCGCCCCUGUACGUUCCCCCCUCCUUUGAGUCUGCUUUGUGCUUGGCUGCCAAGAGAGGAGUAUGGGCUAAAAAAAUGCAUUCCUCCCCACUUCUAUACCCUCCUCAUCCUAGUCCAUCCUUCCUUCUCCCCCUCCUCUUCUCUCCUUCCCUGUUCCCUCACUCUCCUUCUGGUUCAUCCACCGGGCAUUUUCCAAAUCUGCGUCAAAGAUACCUCCCAUGUUGGUAUCUGAGAAUAUCUGUCUCUUCUCUUAUCAGAGGAGGGACCUUUUAUUUUUAAGAUGACUACAGACCUAUUUUUAGAUAAGUUUUCAGUACAAUUUUGAACUGCAACUUUUUUAACAAAAACAUCUUCCAGUAUUAGGAAGGUUAUUAAAAAAAAAAUGUUCCUAGGCAAGUCUGCUGUCUUCACUGUCCUUUGUCUCUCAUAGUUCCUUCUGAGCGCUUCCCUGUGCUCUCAAGUUUGGGGGGCUGUUGGAGUGUAGAGUGGGUGGUUUGUGAAACUGGACCAGUCUGCCUUGCUAUGAGUUGUUGACGAAAACUUCAUCCUUUCUUUUACCUUUUUGCUCUCUUGCUCCUCCCGUCCUGCUCUCCUGGUACUGUGGACCCAUGUGGAGAUCCCAGGAGAGAGGCUCCCCAUCCCCACCCCCGCCCCCAGACAGGCUGAUGCGUCCUAAAGAAAGACAGGGAAGCAGGCCACUGGUGUCCUGGUUGUUUCUGGUUGUAUUGAAUGCCUGUCUAAGCCCUCUUAGUAAGAUUUCAGAUCCCCCGUUGGCUGGGAAAGAAAGCUGUGUGUUUUUCCUUUGAACCAUGGAAAGACCCUGUUUUGUGAAGACUUUAGGAAAAAGGAAGGAAGGACAUCUGCAGAACUUGGUUCUAGUUUCUGCUACACAAUGUGAAUAGCUCGGACUGCAACCCUCUGUGACGGUCGCUGUCUCAGGAAUAAGCUGGGUCUCCAAUGUUUGGGGAUUCUUGGAGUCUCCAAGUUGAUAAUCAGAAGAGUUUUAUUUCUUUGUUAAAUGUAUCUGUUGUGUUUUUAAUUAAACUCCAACUUUCAUUUUAUGGAGUCUUGGGAAAACUUAAGUUGUGCUGCCAUUGGCUUGUAUAAGCAGCUUGCUCAGGACCCUGGAGCUUCAUUCUUCGGGAGCAAGGCUCAUGGUCCUUGCACACUGGUGAGGGCACUCUGGACUCACUCCAGCUGAAGGGAGGAGGUGUGAGUGUUCAGAAGAAGAUCCGCUUCCUGCAGCAGAGUGCCUUCCUGGACUCACACCUGGGGAGGGAGUUGAGACAUGGGAAUUGAGUAGGAUCAAGACACUUCCCCUUUUCUUGUCAUCCCCCUCAAUCAGAAGACAUGUCUCGUAUUCCUUGGAGUGUCACCUGCGUGGUGCAGGAGCCUCUCAGCCUUAUGUCCUCUGCCGGGACCCCUCACUGCUUGGUGCAGGCCUUGUAUGAAGGCCGCCAUUGCUCGUUCUUUGACCCCCGUAAAUCAGCAUAAAUCAGCAUUGUAGGAGACUUGCACAAGACAAGAAAUAAGCUCCCAACAGAUGCCAUCUUUGUGCCGUGCCUCAUGAGCCAUUUUCUAGUAAGCAGGGCCCUGUGGGGCUUCACCUCUGGGUGGUCAAAAAGCCUCACAGCUGGAGCCCCAAAUGGAGGACAUAGAGUCCUAAUCUGCCAGCCUCCCACGUGAGUGAGACUUAUUGAAAUCAUAGUAACCAUCUGUGCUGUUUCUAUGAAGGAUGUGUUUCUGCACUUGGGACAAUCAACCUACAUGAGGAAGAACCUCCAUAGCAGGAGACACACCGGCAGUGCCCUUCCUUCCGAGUUCCCAGCCCUUGUGUUCUGCUAAAAUAGGCGUUUCCUUGCCUUCUACGGGGCACUGGAGUGGAAAAGCUGACUUCUAGGCGAGAGUCUGUCCUGCCUGUCUGAGUUAUCGAUUGCUGUGUAACAUCACCUGCAAGAGUCUGUCCUGCCUGUCUGAGUCGUCUGUUGCUGUGUAACAGAUCGCCUGCAGCUCAGUGUUUCACUGUCUCUGAACUAGGUUGGGGGCUGCUCUCCUCUGGAGCUGGAGAAUCCCACUUCCAUACUUUGUUUUUGUGGUUGUCAGCAGGGAGCCGUCCUUGGUCACUCCCCACAUGGGUCUGUAGCCAUCCUGCCCUAGCAUCUGCCUUCCUCCUGAGUGACUGAUCCCAGAGAAGGAAGAGGUGGGUAAGAAGAAAGUCGCAGUGCCUUUAAACCACCAUACCCUAACAGGAGGAAAACAGUUCUCGGGAAGGUGGGGAUACUCACAGCCAUAAGCUGGGUGCACAUUGCCUUCCAAACAGCCCCUAAGGUAGGACCAAACUGGGGUAAAAGACAGACUUCUCUUUCCCCAAAGCUGCCUAUGUGUCUUAAGAGAGGCUGCAGGAAAUGAAGAUUCCCAGAUCCGUUGCAUCCUUGUCUGUCUGCCUGUCUUCUCAAGAAUGCUUGCUUUUGCAAGGUUCUGCGGUGGCCUCUUUAAGCAUCAUGUACCACUUCUGUCUUCCUUUAGCCAAGAGUUGACAAAAGGGACUGGGGGCCUUCCUGUGCAGCCACACAGGCUUUCUUAACUGGAGCAGGGCUUGUCAGAGGACGCAAAGGGCUCUAGAUGUUAGGCUCUAGAGCUGCAGAACAGAAAGUAGGUCAGGUUCCUAGUGGUGGUUUCGAAGCCAGGUCCCCCUGACUGAGUCCGUGCAUUGGUCAAGGUGUCCCGCCCACCUACCCGGAGCAGCUUCUCCAUAAGCCAGGAGCACCUGAGAAUGCGCGUGUCUAUGAACUUGAUUGCCUUGUCAGUGCAGCAUGCAGGGUAACCUGCCGCCUCCUGGGCACUUGGCUACAAGUGUGCUCUUGAAAAGAGGCAGUCUUGUUUUCACCUGUGGGGGAAGCUUAAGCGGUAGCUCACCCGAGCCUCGGGGCUCGUGGAGUGGCUACUCGUUCCCGCCAGCCUUUCUCCCGUCCUUAGAUGGAGGCUCUUGUUUGAACUGGUGCUCUGUCUUCUCUAGCGUCUCUUUCCUGUAGCCAUGCUUGCUUCAGUAUGUACUUCAGGUACCGGUGGUGAGUUUCCUUCUGAUCUGAGGAGGGUGGGGCAUGGGAGCUUCGUGUUACUGUCUCCCUGGGCCUCUCAGACCUUGGCAGUUCAGUUGGCUUCCACUGAAAGUCCACCCGGCCUGCUUGUACAGACUGCCACUGUGAGUUGGGGCACGAGUGUACAAGGCUCAGGUGUUGGCAGCCACAUAUCGGGGAUGGAACCUCCUUCCCAUCUCCAUCUUGGGUGCUAGCUGCUUGAGGUGGGUGUGUGUGUGGUGUAACCCUUUUCAGUCCCUCUAGAGGAAAGGCACCACUGUCUUCUGUAGUUCAAGUUCUUUAGUGUGUUUUCUGGACUCCAUGCCCACGGCAGCUAUUUAUUAAUCUGCGAAAACCCAAUCACUGACCCAUCCUUACCAUGGAAGGUGGGAUUUGUAGUGGAGGCAUAUCAUUUCUUCCUGGGGUGGAGGGUUCUGUCUGAACUUUUGAGUAGGGCACGGUUACCUCCGUCUCCUUGCCUCUCAGCUUUUAGGGGCGGGAUUCAGGUUCCUGUAGUUGAGGUGGUCCUGUGCUUACCACUCAGGCGUGCUUCUGGCUUUGGGGAUGGGUCUCCACGUCAGUGGUGAACUUUGUUGAAGCUCGCUCACGGAAACUUGACUGAAGUCUGUAAGGAUGACUGACAGGUCCUCGUUUUUCCAGUUGAUCAAUCAAGACCCUUCCCCACCCUCUGAAACUGUAGCUGUCUCUUAGGCAGGUCCUGGAAGCUGCUGCUGCCUAUUGGCAGAGCUUAACUCUCAAAGUCUUGGGGUGGUCUGUGGUCUCUGCUCAGUUCUUCCUGCAGCCCUAGUGGCCAUCCUGUGUGCCCAGUAGAAGAGUCUACUGAGCUGAAACAGUUCCCAGCCGAUAGAAACUCCAGUUUACCUUUCGGCGGUGGAAGGGUGACAGAGGCUGAAUGCUUGCUAGACACUUGGCUGUGCAGAUACUGCCAAAGGAGCUCCUGCCAGGGCUUCAGACCCAAAUCCAGGGCAUUGCAAACUUAGAGAAUUCCAUGAAUCCAGCACAGAAUGCCCAUUUUUGCCUCUAUACCCCCUUCCUUUCCAUUUCAGUCUUAAGAACUGCCCAACCCAGGCCUGGGGGUUCUGACUGGAGGGUAGGACAGUGGGGACACCAGCAGGAGGUAAGGGCCAGCGGGACCACACUGGCUCACGCCAAGCCUUUGCCCCACGUCAUGGCACCUGGGCCAGCUCCAGUAAGCCUUAAAGAAGGCAACUUGAAGAGCCCCAAGGACUCCGAUUCCCUGUUGUCCGUUUUCAGAAUCUGUGCUUGCGGAUAGACCCGCCCCUGUUCCCUGCUGCAGUCUUAACCAUGUGGAAUGGACUCUUUCCUUGGUCCUUCACUUUGUCCCCCUGGUGUGCUGUCCCCUCCCCUCCCUUCAUUCACUGUCAGCCAUGGUUAGUGGGAGGUUCCAUGCAACCCUAAGACAGUCCUGUGGGAGUCCAUGACCAGUUUGUCUUCUUAUGUCCUGCCAAGCUAGCAGGUGUUUGGAACUAGGGAAAAAUUCCCACCAACGGUUGCUGUUACAGUUAAAUAAAGACCUUGAAUAUUGA